CCCAUGAAGCAGUUCGAAUGUAACUACGUAUAUAUUCUGCGUCGAUCGGUUUGACUAUGCCACCGUUUGACGAGCAAAACCUCUUUUAACAAAGUCGUUUUACCUAAAACAAGAGGAGGUUGGAGCCCUGAUUGGGCAAAUUUAUUUUUAUUUGAGCAACCAGAGUUUUUAGGUUAAAGAUGUCUCUGGCGGAUGAGCUCCUGGCUGAUUUGGAGGAGGCCGCAGAUGAGGGGGAUGAUGGAUUGUAUCCAGAGGGAGAGGAGGAGGACAGUGAUGGAGAAGUUACCCAGGGAAGGACGGAGGCAGGGCUCGAAGACAUCCCAGAGGAGAUGGAGGUGGACUAUAGCAAAGCUGAGAGUGUUUCGUCCAUUGCGAAGCUCCGCAAUAGCAAACAGUUUUCAGAAAUUAUGGAUAAAAUUACGAUCUAUAGUGGAAAACAGCACAAGAACUCAGAGGACUGUGGCCCGGUCGAGUCUAACCCAGAAUACAGACUGAUUGUCGCAGCCAAUAACCUCACAGUGGAGAUCGACAAUGAGCUCAAUAUCAUUCAUAAGUUUACUCGGGACAAGUACUCCAAGAGGUUCCCGGAGCUUGAGUCUCUGGUGCCAGAUUCUCUAGAUUACAUCCGCACGGUUAAGGAACUGGGAAACAAUCUGGAGAAAUGCAAGACCAAUGAAACUCUGCAGCAAAUCCUCACCAAUGCCACCAUUAUGGUUGUCAGUGUCACAGCCUCGACCACACAAGGGACACUGCUAAGUGAGGAUGAACUGAAUCAACUAGAGGAGGCAUGUGACAUGGCUCUGGAGCUGAACCAGUCUAAACACAGGAUCUAUGAAUAUGUAGAGUCCAAGAUGUCAUUUAUUGCCCCAAAUCUGUCCAUCAUUGUUGGAGCGUCAACAGCUGCCAAGAUCAUGGGUAUCGCGGGCGGCCUCAUCAACCUCUCCAAGAUGCCUGCCUGUAACCUGAUGCUGUUGGGAGCUCAGAGGAGAACCCUGUCUGGCUUUAGCAGCACAUCCUUGCUGCCCCACACCGGCUACAUCUACCACUGUGAUGUUGUGCAGUCACUUCCACCGGACCUCAGGAGAAAAGCAGCUCGUCUGGUGUCUGCAAAAUGCACUCUGGCUGCCCGAGUGGACAGUUUCCAUGAGAGUUCAGUUGGCAAGGUUGGCUAUGAUCUAAAGGAAGAAAUAGAAAGGAAAUUUGAUAAAUGGCAAGAACCUCCGCCAGUGAAGCAGGUCAAACCGCUGCCAGCCCCUCUGGAUGGACAGAGGAAGAAGAGAGGAGGAAGAAGGUAUCGAAAGAUGAAGGAGCGUCUUGGAUUGACUGAGAUCAGGAAACAUGCAAACAGAAUGACCUUUGCAGAGAUUGAAGAUGAUGCGUAUCAAGAGGACCUGGGCUUCAGUCUGGGUCAGCUGGGAAAGAGCGGCAGCGGGCGUGUCCGGCAGGCUCAAGUGAAUGACGCCACCAAGGCCAGAAUUUCCAAAUCCCUACAGAGGACCUUGCAGAAGCAGAGCAUGACGUAUGGAGGAAAGUCCACAGUCAGAGACCGCUCCUCCGGAACCAGCUCCAGUGUGGCGUUCACUCCUCUUCAGGGUUUGGAGAUCGUAAACCCGCAGGCUGCAGAGAAGAAGGUGGCUGAAGCCAACCAGAAGUACUUCUCCAACAUGGCAGAGUUCCUCAAAGUCAAAAAAGAAGCUAAGCCGUGAACUCAGACGCACAUCCCCAUGCGCACUCAACACUGUAAAGUGAUGGUAUAUUAUAUCGCGUUUCACAUGUGCUCUGUCCUGUAUUUUACUUUUACUCUUUUCCUUUUUAAUAAAACAUGAAGAUUUCAUAAA